AGCCGGCCGAUUAUCGAUGCAGCAUCGUCCACGUCCACGAUUCCAUGCAUCGACUAUUUGAUUAAUUUCAACACCUCUAAUAUGGAUCAGCCGCUCCUUCAAGACUUUCACUCCCUAGCCAGCAAACAAAGUCUCUCCGGGUCUGACACCGGACCUGUUCUUUUAUCCAUCUUCAGGUUCCUCCUCGCGCCAUGGCGUCUGGGCCGCCAGUCGGUUGGAUAUCACCCCGACUUUCUGUCUCCGAGAAGAUGGCAAAGUUGCGCUGCUAUAGCCUUGGGGUCGCUCUCAUUCUCUUCUUCUCGCACUGCCUAAAGAUUGUCUGUCUGUUGCUUUAAGAUAUUUCAUUAGGUGCAUUUCUGUUUCAAAUGUUCAUCAAAUUUAAUCAGGAGCACUUUUUGCUCCACUAAAUUUGACCGGAGGAGACAGCGAGGCCAUGCCAGGCUACGGGACAUUCUUAUUCUAAACAGCCCAAUAUAUUUCUACAAUCUGCAAACAAAUACAGUUUCAAAGAUGGUUGUUCCCAUCAGUCACGUUGACACAAAAACAUGGAAAAUUAGGGGCCAAGUUACAAAAAUACCAAAGUUUUACCCUUUCAGAUAAAGAUUAUAGGCAGAGUGAUGUACCUGCAUCAUACAUCAUUUUCUAUUUCUUGUCUGAUAGAAAACAUAUGUUAUAGCCUAUUUAAUAAAGUGUGUGUGUGUGUGUGUGUGUGUGUGUGUGUGUGUGUGUGUGUGUGUGUGUGUGUGUGUGUGUGUGUGUGUGUGUGUGUGUGUGUGUGUGUGUGUGUGUGUGUGUGUGUGUGUGUGUGUGUGUGUGUGUGUGUGUGUGAGAGAGAGAGACACUACUUAUCAUUGUAGUAGUGUAAUAAUGGACACUUUUAAAGGACAGAAAAAUGACAAUUCAAUAAACAAAAUGAAAUUAUGUGCCUCCCCCUUGUGGUGAUACCUGUAAACAACAAACACAGCAAUGUGUACCCCAAUAAACCAACUGGCCACAUCUUCAUCAGAGACUGUAUGACCCCAAUAAACCAACUGGCCACAUCUUCAUCAGAGACUGUAUGACCCCAAUAAACCAACCGGCCACAUCUUCAUCAGAGACUGUAUGACCCCAAUAAACCAACCGGCCACAUCUUCAUCAGAGACUGUAUGACCCCAGUAAACCAACCGGCCACAUCUUCAUCAGAGACUGUAUGACCCCAGUAAACCAACCGGCCACAUCUUCAUCAGAGACUGUAUGAAGUAGAGUUCCAGUAGCUCAUAUAUCUGCUCAGUAACAAAUCAAAAGUCCUGGUUUUGAGAAGAGAGAGGGGAGGAAUCGGGUGAAUUUGGGCUGCAAAGACGAGUCUAAAAAGAAGAGCUUCAAUGGAUUGAAAGAUUAUACUUUCAGCUUCAAGUGGGAAAAGUGCCUCGAGCAAGGUCGGGAGAUGUGUGAAGGCGUGUGACGGACGGCCAUGGGACUGAAGAGACGCUGGCUCCAGGCUGUCACCGCUGCUGUAGCCGUCUGUCUGCUGAGUGUUUCUCAAGGCGGCGCGUCAUUGGUUCGUGGCAGAGAAGGGGGCUCUGCAGAACUGAGCUGCAAUCUCACUCCGACAUCCAAAGAAGCCACAACCCCAAACCUCUUUCCUCUGCAUGUGGUGGAGUGGGUGCGCCUCGGUUACAACGUUCCCAUCCUCAUCAAAUUUGGAGUGUAUGCUCCUCGAGUUCAUCCAAACUACAAGGGCCGUGUGUCUCUGACCCAGGGCGCCUCUCUGCUGGUGGAUCGGCUGACCCUGGAGGACGAGGGCUGGUUCGAAUGUCGCAUCCUGCUUCUGGACAGCCAAAAAGACGACUUUAGAAACGGCACGUGGACCUUCCUCUCCAUCACAGGUGCAGCUCUGCAGGGUUUUUGGGGGGACUCGGGGGAGCAGCUUCUUUCACUGCUCAUCACUGGCGCUGGCCUUGUGCUGAAUGGUACCUUGUCUGUGGCAGCCGUCACCAGGAAUUUUUCGGGAGUGUACAAAUGUCACGUGUCCAACUCGGAGGGGAACCUGACCCACUCCAUGCAGCUGCAGGUCAAAGGACCCCCGAUCAUCAUCAUCUCCCCAGAGGACACCACUCUCAACAUGUCCCAGGAUGCAGUUCUGCAGUGUCAGGCCGAUGCCUACCCUUCUAACCUCACGUACGAGUGGCUGAAACAAGGACAGAAUGUCUACCAUAUUGAGUCCCUGAAGUCCAGAGUGAAGGUUUUGGUGGAUGGAACACUUCUCAUCCCUAAUCUCAUCCCAGAGGACGCUGGCAACUACACCUGUAUCCCCACUAACGGGUUACUCACCCCACCCUCAGCCUCUGCACACCUGAAAGUGAAACACCCUGCACGCGUGGUCAGAAUGUCCCGGGAAACGUACUUGCCUGCGGGCAUGGAGGGGGUUAUUACCUGCCCUGUUCAGGCUGAUCCCCCGGUGCUGUACGUCAACUGGACCAAAGACGGAAACAGUUUGAAUCUUGACAACUUACCAGGUUGGAUAGUGAACUCCGAGGGCUCCGUUUUUAUAGCAACAGCCAACGACAACGCAGUAGGCAUGUACACGUGUACGGCCUACAACAGCUACGGCACCAUGGGAAAGUCUGAACCCACCAAAGUCAUUUUGCAGGACCCUCCAUCUUUCCGAGUGGCUCCUCGAGCCGAGUAUCUCCAGGAGGUGGGCAGAGACUUGAUCGUCCCCUGUGAAGCCAUUGGAGACCCCGCUCCAAACAUUACAUGGAGCAAGAUUGGCCCGUCUCCUCGCUCCCAGUACACCGUGCUGGCUAACGGCUCGCUGCUGCUGCAGCCGCUCAGUAAAGAUCACCAAGGGGGCUGGGAGUGCUUGGCCACUAACCGAGUAGCGACUGUCAGCGCAGGCACUGUGAUCAUGGUGCUGGGCACCAGUCCCCAUGUCGUGUCCUUAGUAUCCGUCAUCACAGAGAUGAACCAGGCCAAUGUGUCCUGGGUGCCUGGCUUUGACGGUGGAUACACCCAGAAGUUCACCGUAUGGGUCAAACAGGCAUCCAGAGGGAAACACGAAUGGGCGUCUUUGCCUGUGCCGACAUCCAAAAACUACCUCCUGGUGACCGGGCUACUCGCUGGCACUGGCUAUCAGUUCAGCGUGCUACCUCAGAACAAACUCGGCUCUGGGCCUUUCAGUGAAAUAGUUUCUGUGCGAACACAAGCUUUGCCAACAGAAGAACCUACAGGCGACACAUCUCUCCCAGUCCUGGAUCCUCCCGUGCUCCUGUCAGCCAACCAACGGAAGCGCCCAAAGGAUCAGGGCCAGUGGGUCAUCCUCAGCAGCAGCAUCAGCGCCAAUCAGAGCCAACUGCUCGUAGAAGGACUGCUAAGGGACUCCAGCUACGAUCUGAGGCUGAUGUCUCACAGCAACAAAGUGCUCAGUGAACCGAGUCAGUCUGUCAAUGUCUCCACAACAGGGAUGGAGGUUUACCCCGUGCGCCCCAGUUACCUGGAGUUCAUCCCGCAGCCCCUGUUGGCCGGAGUGUUAGGAGGAGUGUGCUUCCUGUUCGUGGCCAUCAUCCUCUCGUUGGUGACAGCGUGCUACAUGAGUCAAAGGAGAGAGCGGCGGCGCAAAAAUAGAAGAAAAGAUCUCCCGUCUGGCCUCCAGAAGAGCUCGUCUUCUCCACAAGCUCGCUCGCCUCCUCGCAGCCCAGACAGUGUCCUCAAGCUGAAGCUGUGUUCGCCGCUUCCCUUCUUCGUCAACAACAACUCCUCCUCGCAGUCGGACCGCUCAUCCUUCGAUAAAGGCAGCCGCGGGGAGUACCACAACCAGAGGAAACAACUCCUGUCCAACUCGUCUCCGCCGCCGCAUUACACGCUCUUUGAGAGCCACCUGGGCUCCCAGGACCCCUCGCCGACUGCUCUGGAAUCCAUCUCCAGAGGCCCGGACGGACGCUUCAUCGUCCAGCCACUGCUGAAAGCCUCCAGUCCCUCCAGUAAGAAAAACUUGAGAAAGGAGGUCGUCCAAAGUAACGGUGGGGCGGGUGGCUCAGGGAGCAACCGGACAUCGCUCAGGGACUCUCCCAAGUCGAGUGUCCUGAGCUCGGAGAAAGACGAGAGGAGGAAUUCUCCGCUCACCGUGGACGUCCCCGAGCUGAGCCGCCCUCCUUCCUCUCCUGGAAGAGUGCGCGCCAUGGCGAGAAACUUCUCCCGUCACGGCUGCUUUUAUUCUGACGACGAACAGUGCUCAGAGGCUCUGUUGGAAAGAGCCAGCUUCUAUUCGGACAACAGCGAGAAAAAACCCAGCGAUUCUUUCAGGAGGUAUCGCUUGCCGGGCCACCCCGAAGAUCUCUUCUCGAGUUUGGGGAGGAAAACAAAGCUGCUGGAUCGAGAUCGAGACCGAGACAGACCGGGCUACCAGCCGAUGGACAGUCAGCUGACUAACAACGGCACCGUUGUCUCGCAACUUGACAGCGAGCUGGAGAGGGAAAGUAUUAACAAGUGUGCGCAACUGGCAAAGGAGAGGGAAGAAAUGGAGAGGGAGCUGGAGAGCUAUACGGCCGAACAAAGAGGUCGAGGUCGCGGGAGACUCGAACAACACGAGAAAACAAAAAGCCCUCGAAGGGAUUCCCCCAAGUCAGAGGAAGAGCCAGUAUGGAAGCCACAAGAUGUCACCAUCAGACAGAAACACAGGCCUCCAGGUCACACCAAUCGGGUGUCUGACUAUCGGCGAGCGUGCUACUUCGGGAACACAAGCAGUCCCAUGGAUCGGCUCGCCACGCCUCGCGUACAGUGGGACAUUAGCCCCGUUACGUCACUCACAAGCCUCAUUCCUGCGCAGGAAACGGCGUCGCCCAAUCACACGCGCAGGGAAACCACCGAUAACUCCUUGGCCGUUGAUUCAUCCCGCUCUCCGGUCACACAGAACACCUCGCUCCCGAUGCUCUCCCCUGAUGUCAGCUCUAAAAGUCCGCCUAUCUUGUGUCUAACAACACCAGACCGAGCCGGGUCGUUGAGUCCCCCGACUGAGCAGGGAUUAACAGAAAAGGCGCAAGACAAAGGCGCCGCUUCGAGGUCCAGACAUUCAUACGCUUAUGCCGGCACUCAGCCCUGGGAUUCAGCCGCCAGAGGUCCCGAAAGUUCACCCUCUGCGCCGUAUAAUCAGCCUGCAAAAUACUACACAGCCACACGGGACCCCAGUCCAUCAAGUUAUCCUACUUUACCUUACGAACAGGAUGAAGUAGGGGCAAAGGCCAAAGAAAAAGACACUCAAGCUCGAGACGAGCGGCGCGGUUCGGGUUUUUACUCGGAGAGAGAGCGAGAGGGUGUGCGAACGCGCUCCAGGAGAAGCGACAAAUGUCUCUUCUCUGACAGCCCGAGCCCUAUUUCAACGUUGACGCUCGUAGAAGAGGUCGAAAGCGACCAGUCCCAGUGUUCGGUCCCCGCCAUAUCCAGGUCCUUAAAGGCCGAGCCUGCAGCCCCGUCUCCCCAGAUGUCCCCUCUGCAGACAAGUGCAAUUCUCGAAUACCUGAGCCUUCCGGGCUUCAUUGAAAUGAGCGUCGACGAGCCCGUGGAAAACGCGACGGUCGCAGACGAUGCUGCGCAAAGCUCAGAUGUAAAGCCAGUAAUAUCCACGGGGGUCGAGCCGGAUGUAGUUCCUAGAAACUGGGAGGUCCACGUUCAGGACAAGAGGGAAACGCACUCAAACUGUCAAUCUGGGGGCCCUGGUAAAACGCACCCGGAAACUAGAGAUUCUUCACACCGAGUCAGAUUUCCAGAUGACACGAGACAGUCGUCGCCCGGUCCGAAAAAAACCAGCAAGCAGCUCUAUAGCGAGAAAACGCAGAUUCGAGUUGGCAACAAAAGCACGGACCGACCCGAAUCCAGGCUCGGCUCGAGGUCGGCUCACACGUUGUUCGGCGCGGCGCGAGGAAUGGCUGACGUAGUGUCGAAACACUCGCGCGGUUUCGCGGACAGUAGCGAGUCUUUAUCGGAGCAAUCCCAGAGACAAAGGACUAAUAACAUCGCGUCGCGAAUCUGUCAAGCCCCCGUGCCAUUUCUAAAGAAGUCCGUAAGCGUGGGCCCGUGUAGGACCCUCUCGGGUGUGGGACAGCCUCGCCAGUUUUUAAAGAAAUCCAUCAGCUUAGGCUCGCAGCGGUGGGAGCACUUCGAGAGCCCCAGGACGUAUAUUUCUGAGAAAUGUUACUGGGACGAGUUCCCAAACCCAGAUGUCAGACUCAAGUCCUACAGUUUGGGUCGCAGUCCCCCUUCCCUCCCCAGGCCGGGCCCGUCCUGGAGGGAGUACGUCCCGUUCAGACACCCCCCGAGCGUGUGGAGCUUAGAGAGGCCUCGCCACACGCAGAGACCUUUAGCCAGUCCUUCCUACCUCACUCAGGCCAGGUACCCACCCAGACAAGCCUCCUCCGUGUCUCCCAUGCUGGAGCCCGCUGAUCCUCGCCGACAAGCUGCCGUUUUCCCAGAAUCCUCCAGGUGGUCUCCUACUUAUCACGAAACCCUGAGGUCUGCUCAGCAUAAAUACGUCCCCAUCAAGUACCAGCAGUGGCCCGGAUCCAGAGGGGACAGCGAGAGACCAGGAUCCAGAGGGGACAGCGAGAGACCAGGAUCCAGAGAGGACAGCCUGAGACCAGGAUCCAGAGAGGACAGCCUGAGACCAGGAUCCAGAUGGGACAGCGAGAGACCAGGAUCCAGAGGGGACAGCGUGAGACCGAUGGAGCCCAGCAGGGGUCCCCCGCGGUCCUACCUGCCCCGGGGCAUCAGCUGGCCCUCGCCGUGCUACGCCCCGUUUCCCCCCCAGGAGGCGGAGCCUCACCGGCCGCCAGACAGGCUGGCGAGGAGAGGGGGGGAGGCGGAGCCCCGGGAGGGGGGGAGGACCAGCUACGCCAGCCAGAGCAGCGGGAGGGGCAGCGCCGGGCUCUUCCGACAGUCCCUGUCCAUCACGCCGACGCUGCUCAGCUCGCCCGAAACCACGGAGGAGGGCGAGCGCCACCGAGCGGAGACGGAGCUGCCCGAGAGGAGACAGAAAAGAAGGAACACGUCAGUAGAUGAGAGCUAUGAGUGGGACUCCGCUGAUGCGUGUGUGGACUCGGAGGUCCUGGAGGCCACCAGGUUCGAUCCCUCACAGAGCGGCAGGGCGGAGCGCCGAUACGGUCGAGCCGCUGGCCUCCGGGACCGGCGACCGAAAGGCCCGUGUCUCUCAGUCAGCCCGCCAGUUCCCACCCCGGCGCCUCUCGGCCAGUACCGGCGCUCCCUCAGCGAGGAGCGCUUCAACGCUCUCCGCCAGGAGUACCAGGAGUACCAGGAGUACCGGGAGUACCAGGAGUACCGGCAGGCUCAGGAUCCUCUCUGGUCCCGCCAGCUGUGCCACGAUUCAGACUCUGACUCCGGCUCGGCGCUGCUCUAGCAGCCUAACUCGGUCCCUCUCAGAAAGACACCAAAAAGCAGUUUUAAUGAACGGACGACAGCACCGCGGACACUGUCACACCUCCCUGGAGCUUUGUCG